GGGUGGUAUCCAGAUCUGGCUUGAUUUACUCUUGUCUGUACCAGUGCUGUUCCAGAUCUGACAUGAUUUCAAGAAAAUGCAACUUAACUCAUGUGAAAUCAGGAUUUUCAGAUCUGGGUGGUAGUGUUGCAGCUCUGACUUGAUUAAACUCAGAUCUGGAAUUUCCAUAUGGGUAUUUUUACGUUACUAGUUUUCAAAACAUACGAAACAGUUUAUUUUCUUACUCUGUGUGACAUCCUCCAGGUACGUACUGACUUAGGUACAGUAAUUAUCAAUAGUUACUUUUAUUAUGUUUUAUAGUGUGGUAUCAAUGUUUCAUUUUAGAAUCCGUUGGAAUCGUACAUGAAGCUAUGCUGGAUUAAGCCUGCUCGGGACCAGAGAAGGAUCAUGGUUAUACUACAAGUUGGAUCGUAACUGUAAUAAUCGAGAUUACAUACACAUCCCGUGCUGCUUGUCUGAUACAUAUCAUGGAAUCCUUCGACUCCUCCAGCCUUUCCACAGAGUUCAGUGAAUGGUUAUACUGGCGUGUUAAUCCUCCAGUUUUAACUGGAGAAAUUGAAGCUUUUAGCGAGACAAUGAAAAGAGAUUAUUGCGAACGUAUUGGUGAUAUAGUAAAUACCGGUUACAGUCCUUUGCACGAUGGAUAUUGCUUGACAGAUAACGAGCGUGGCGAUACGUACGAGUUUCCCGCGACUCUGCCUGCAGCUGUUUUUGAUGACGUUGCAAUUCCUGAUGACGUAAUUCAACACGGUAACGGCCUUACAAACUUAUCACGGUUACAUUUCGAUGAGGAGAAGAAUGGAAAACUGCUCGAACAAAUUGCCCUUAAUUUUUCUCGGACUGAUAAAGUUGACAGCGGCGGUAUUGUUUCUGACAAAAGGCAACACAACCAAGGCUGCAGGUGCUUCUCAUGUAUGUCGCCCACAUCUGGGAGUGGAGCUGUUUCGGCGCACUCACCCAAGAUAGUCGACUGUGGCCAUAUUGAUUAUAUUUAUCCGCCCACGAAGUACACUUCGUCACAGCUUCAUUGCUCUGCAGAUGGCAUUCCACGUUGUUCAAUACGAGCAUGCACUGACAGUAAUAAUGAAGUAUUCGUAGCUACAAGUUACGAUCUGUGUGAGAGUGUUAAUAAAGAUUACGAAGAAUACAAAUCAGCAACUUAUCCUCAUACUUCCUUUACAAAAGAGUGUUAUUGUGAGGCCACGCCCACCGGCAGUUUUCCCGAGCUAACAUGUAGGAGAUGCAGGCGAGCCGACUGCUUGUUCUUUCACAGGUGGUGGUGUAGCGUUGACUGGGCGUGUGCUGACCACCAAUACUUACCGACGAUGGGAAAUUUGAGUAGUCAGCAAGCUGAGAAGAAAGGGAAGGGAUCACCAGCUCAACAUCAAAUAGGGCAAGUUGAAGCCAAAGCCAGUCCAUCUAAAUUCAGACGAGGCAAAGAUCUUACAAGCAAGAAAUCCGUGGAAAGUAGUGCUGCUGUAAUAAAGCAAGAAGUUAGUAAAACAAAGAAACCGCCUGAUGAUGACGUUAAGCCUCAAGUGCAUGUGCCUUCACAGACCAGUGCCACUGCAGUUGCACGAUAUCUCUCUGCGGAGCCGUGCAAAGCUUCAAAAGUACUGGCCUCUGUAUCGAAUUUUCACGCUACUGUGGACACGACCCCUAGCACAGAAAGCUCUGUAUCAAGCUCCCAGUAUGUAGAUACGGUGAGUCACCUCGCGACGCCCGAUGAACAUGCUACUGAUGACAAUACUGUGUCGGAGGUGGAAUCCUUGUUAGACGUCCCCAUGCCUGAAGAUGCUUCUGUUGUGCCAGGUACUUUGAACAACGAAACUGACCUUAAUGUGGAAUCCAAGCUGGAAGAAGUAUCUGAGAGUACAACUCCUGUAGCAGUCCAGUCAUAUCCUGGAACCCCAGAUGACCAACUAGAGGUUUACCAUGCAUUAUCUGAAGAACAGCAGUCUCGUUACCACUCUAUGAAUAAUGUGGAGGAUAUCAAAACUUGUAUUCCUUAUGGCUAUGGGAGCCUUGGAAGGAGAGAAACAGUUAUUUAUAGUACACCAAAGGAUGGGUAUUCUGCUAAUACUAGAUCAUCCAUGGAGGUCAGCACUGGAUCUCUUACAAGUGCUUUCACUGUUACUCAACACAAGAAGAUUAUUCUGCCUCCACACAAAUUCAGCACCCCACCUGCAGCAGGUAGUGCUAAGCGGGAUUUCUCAAACUCUGAGGAGGUCUUGAGGCCAGCCUCACUUUUUACAAACAGUGAAAGUCGGCUGUCGACCAGUCGUCGCUUCUCUUCCCAAGGUGAUGUCCCUCCUUUAGAUGGAAAUGUCUUGAGAAAGGUAGCCUCAUUGACUCUAGAUAAAGCCACCUUAGAAUCUAAAGUGAAGAGGCCAAAGUUUGUUCCAGAAAAGUUAGACUUCAGUUUAUAUGAGAAAUUUGAAGGUCAAAUGCUGAUCAACUGGUUUUGCUCUGCUUUUCCUGAUGUUCAUUACCUUCAUAGUAAGCUGAACAAACAAGACCUUAAAAUCCUUGGAGCCCAGUUUUGUACUCAUCUGUUAGCUGCUGGAGUGUUGCGUCAGAUUGAAGAUGAAAAUGUCCCUCUAGAAGUACUUUUUAGACCUGAUUUGAUGUAUUAUUGGACGUACCUUGAGGCCCAGACAGCAAAUACUCCUUCUCCAGGACGGCUGUCAACAAAUUUGUGGCCACCUUUUCCUGCAGAAACUACAGAACAAAGAUCAAAGAUUUCAUCCAUUGAAGAGAUAAAUGAAGAUUUUCAACAUAUAAGCAUGGGUUUAAAGUCAGGAAAUAAAGAUGACUUACAAAAGUUACAGAAAGAAGAAAAUUGUGGAUUGCAAGAAAAUAUAAUUAUUGACUAUGAGUUCAAAAUUGCAAAACUUCGACAAGAAGUGGAGAAAUAUCAGACUCUUGCUGGUAUUCAAGAGUUGACCCGUCAGGCAAGAGAUCUCAAUGGAGAAGGAUUAACUUUCACGUCUUCAUUAGUUCAGACUGAUAUGCCAUCACUGAAUACUCUUUCCACUCAGACAGAAAGGCAGACAUGUAUUUCUGAAUCAGUAUCAAUACAGACAAAUGCUGAAAAAUCAGAAUUAAUAACAACUGAAGCACAAACUGAAAGAUUAAUGGAAGAUAUUUCUGUUGAAGUUCAGACAGACUUUGAGCCAAUUACUGUUGGAAUUUCCUUGCCUUUGUUUGUUGCCACUACUAUCUCAACAUCUUCCAGUAAAAUCACUAAUUCUUCACCUGAAAUUCCUCUUCCACUGCCACCACCAGUCUCUGGAAUCUCCUUUCCUCCACCACCACCAGUCUCUGGAAUCCCUCCUCCUCCACCACCACCAGUCUCUGGAAUCCCUCCUCCUCCAUCUGGAAUCCCUCCUCCUCCUCCUCCUCCACCAGUCUCUGGAAUCCCUCCUCCUCCUCCUCCUCCACCAGUCUCUGGAAUCCCUCCUCCUCCUCCUCCACCACCAGUCUCUGGAAUCCCUCCUCCUCCACCACCAUGCUUUGGAGUUCCACCAAGACUUCCAGGAAUGGGUCCAAGUGCACCCCCACCUCCUUUGUCAGGAUCAGGCCCAGCACCAUUUCCAGCACCACCCACAGGAGGUUGGUAUGGAGCAUAUUCUGUAGGUAGGAAGCCACCAGUCACUCCUACUGUUCCAAUGAAGCCCCUGUACUGGACUAGAAUUCAGGUUCCUGUCCAAGAGUCAGAACUUGAUGGUUCAAGAAACCAGAAAUCUUGUUUUUGGGAAAUUUUGGAAGAGAUUGGUCCUGAGAACUGGGAUGAGUUUACAGGCCUUUUUUCUCGGCAAGUUAGAGAAAAGAAAACUUCAACAAAAACUAAAAAUUUAAAAGCCAAGUCCAAGCAGGUAGCAAAGUUAUUAGAUCAGAAGAGAUCUCAGAAUGUUGGAAUAUUAAUCUCCAGUCUUCACUUGGAAAUUUCUGAUGUAGAAAAUGCUGUGUAUAACUUUGAUACCUCAGUUGUGGAUGCAGACACGCUGCAAGCCAUUUAUGAAGUGAGACCAUCUGCAGAUGAAAUAGAACAAAUCAAAAAUCAUGUCACAACCAAGCCAGACAUUCCUCUUGAUAAACCCGAACAAUUCCUUUACGAGUUAGCCCAAAUUCCUGUAUUUGCUGAUAGGGUGGCUUGCAUCAUGUUUCAGGCUACAUUUGUAGAAUCCAUUGGAUCAAUUGAAAAUAAGCUGAACAACCUGAAGAUGACAUGCACUUUUCUGAUCACUAGUCCUCGAAUUAAACAAGUUUUUGCCAUAAUACUUGCUUUGGGGAAUUACAUGAAUGGAGGAAACAGAACACGCGGCCAAGCAGAUGGAUUUGGGUUGGAAAUACUUCCAAAAUUAAGAGAUGUUAAAAGUAAGGACAAUUCCAUGACCCUUCUCCAUUAUGUAGUCCAGGUAUAUGUCCACAAAUAUCAAAAGGAUGUAGGAGCUGACAAAGCCACAUUUCCUCUUCCUGAACCCAGUGAUGUUGAAAGGGCUGGAAACAUCAACUUUGAGGACUUGUCAUCAGAUAUUGAGAAACUGAAAACCCAGAUAUCAAGCUGUGAGCAGAAGAUGCAAAAGGUUUUGGAAUUUUCUGGUGAAGAACAACAACAACCUUUCAAAGAUCGCAUGAGUGAAUUCUUAAAAAAAGCAUAUAAAGAUCACCAGGAGCAAGAGGAAAACCUGGAAGAUUGUAAGACCAAAUUUAUAGAGUUGAAGACUUUCUUUAAAUGGCAACCAAAAUCAAAAAAUUCUUCUGAAUGGCCAAAAGAAUUCUUUCAGCCAUGGGUUCCAUUCACUGGAGACUUUAAAGACAUGUGGAAGAAAGAAAUGCAGCAUAAAGCAAAACUAGAACUACAACAAGCAAGACAGAAAGUAAAGGAAAUGAAAGAAGAGAGAAAAGCUAAAGUAAAUAAAAUGAAACAUACUCCAACUGGUUUGAAAGCCAAACUUGCCAAGAAAGGAAUGAUUCUGAAGGAAACAAAUUCUGAUACUUGAGAAAUGUUGAUGUUACAAGCUGCAUUUUUUAAUCUUUGCCAUAUUUCAAAGCUACAUACAUGAAGUUUUCCAUUCAGAUGGCCAGAAAUCAAUGCUGUGAUUUACAAGAUUUUUAGCAAAGGAUUUUAUUGUAUGAAAAUGAGGAUAGUGAUAAGCAGAUUUUUGUGGUAGUUUAUGAUGUUAGUGGAGUCAACAGACAAAUAAAUUAUUUUGUGAAACAUGCUGUGUCAAAGUAUAAUUCAUCAAUUUCUUAAGAAAAAUCAAAUAACAUGAAGACCACUGAACUUACAGAAGAGUUUGUGUCUCUUUGACAGAAACAAUGAUAUUAUGUGUUAAAUAAACUUAGCAAAGUAUAAACUGGGCUUAGACCACAAGAUCUGAAGUAAUAACUUUUUUAAGUAGAAGAUUAUGCUAAUCUGGCUAGGGUUUUAUGGUCAGAAUCAUAGUUUGAAAAUGUUUCUGGUUAUGUAGUAGAUAAUUAAGGGUUUUUCCUGUUCUUGGCUUGAGGAACCUCUAACAGCAUUACUUGAAGAUGUUAACAGAAUUUCAUCAUAUGUUGUAGUCUAAGUAUGUUUAAUAUUCAACUAAGUAUAAUAAACAUAAGUAUGUCACACAGACCGAAAUCUGUGAUGAGUGUAAUAAGCUGGUACUAAUUAGUCUUUUUGGUGUUCAAUAUUUCCAAAUGUUGCUUGUAAUAUAUACUGUACCUCUGUUUUGGAUCAAAAGUGGUGAAAUUUUGCUUCAAACCUUUAUGUAUGGUUUAAAGUGUGAAAAUAUUCAGUAGUAUUUGACAAGCACAGCUAUGGAGAUUUUACAUUAAGAAGGCUUGAUAGUUUCUUAUCCAUUUCUGCUGCAGAAUAGAUUAGUUUUAAAUAAUUGCUGCUCAAAAGAUCAAUGUUAGAAAUCACUAUCUGUGCAAAUAGUAUCUUUAUCAAUAAACAAACAACGGUAUGUGACAUACUCUUUCCUAUUAUGAGUGAUGAUAUCUGUUUUCAAAAUACAAAUAAAUAGCUAAAGCCAGAUAUUUCAAAACAUUAAUCUUCUUGUGUACAUAACACCUAGCUUUUUUCACCUAAAUGUGUUGUAAAAAAUUGUAUGAAUUGUGGCAGAACAACAAUUAUGAGUAAAAAGGUAUUGUUUUUUUAAUUAGUAGUUACCAAACGCUUAUACAUUGGAAGUAUUCUAUCCUGUUAAAAUUAAACACCUAUGCUAUAUAAGGUAUCUUGAAAUAAGUAUGAGAGUUCUUUCUGCAGGGGUUCAGAAGCCUGCUUUAAAUUAUUAGUCGUUGUGAUAUGUUAGAGGUUAUUAGUAUUUAAAAUUUUGAGCCACUUCAACAUCCAUAUUUAUAAUAAUUUAUAAUAAUCAUUUGAUUUGUUAUGUAUUUUCUGAAAAUGUGGAAGAGGAUUUAAUGCUGUUUUUUAAAUGUGUGUCAUUAUUAUAGUUACUUUAAACUGAUAAUUUGAAGCAUUUUAUUGCCAACGAACUUCAUUAAAUGAAAUAGUUAAAAAUGUGCUACCUAAACCAGUCUCAUUUUACCAGUUUUACCUUGAAGCACAACAGUAAAAUUCAAGAUACAAGUUUUUAUAAUAUGGUUGCAUUAUGUAUGGAAGACAAACCAACGAUGACCAUGUUGGUUUUCUAAAGGAAAUUAAGUCUCCGUAUUAAUGAUUUUUCUAAAUAUUGAAUUGAUUUUCACUCAUUUUAAACGUUUUUAAUGGUUUAUGUUUAUAUUUUAGAACAUGGCUAUAUAAUAAUGUGAACAAACUAAUUUUUUGUCGUGCUUUUGAUAAAACGUUAGUUUGUUUUAGCCAAGUACUAAAUUAAAUCAAUGGAAUACUUCUGCUAUUCUCUGUAUCUCUCUUCUAAUGAGUUGUGUUCAUUUACGUGACUUAUUGAAAAGUUAAAAAUAGAAUUAACAAUCUGGUAUAAUAGUAAUAAAAUAUUUUAUUUAUGAACAGUGUUGUUAUGAAGUAUAACUUGUGAUGGAAAUAAAAGUUUUUUAACCUUUCA